UGACUGGUAUUCGCCUUUUAGGUCUCUUGCAGAGCAGAAGUGAAUUUGAAUUUAGCGCAACAAAGUGAUUCAAAUUGCGAUAAUUUACGAGAAAUAAGCAGAAUUUCAUAAAAUAUUUUUUGAAAAAAUAAAAUAAAUUUGAGAUUUAUAAGAAAAUAAUAAAUUUUCAUUAAAAAAAUUUGAAAAUAUUAAUAACAAAUUUAAACAAACCCACUGUAAAACAAAAACAAAACCAAAGUGCAUUUCAGUGUGUAUGGAGUUUUUUGUCAUACAAAAACAAAAAUUAGAAAUCAAACUAAUUUUUUGCUAAAAGUUAGCCAAACAACAAAUAGACGUUAGUAAAACUGCGUGAGACACGCAACGAACUGCAAUUUCUACAGCAAAAACCACAAAAAAACAAACUCUAGUGAACAAAUUUUUGUUGUAAAAACAAAAGUUAAUUGCAAAGCAUCAACAGAAAAACAAAUAGUGAAAGUCACAACACAACAACAAAAGCAAAUUAGAGUGCAAAGAAAAUACAAAAAAAAAAAACAAAUUUUGUUUGCAUUUUACGCGCAUUUUGACGAUCCAAAUCGUAAUAUUGGGUGCAGCAAAUUGUUGUUUACGCUUAGGCAGCCACACGACAGUCAGCACUGACCACAGAAUCAGUGCCAUAUACGCCACAAAACAAACGCAUCAAGGUGCCAGUGCCAGUCCCAGUCAGGGUGACAGCGAUAGUAGCGAACGCAAGCAGAACGAAAACGACAAUAAAAGCCUUAUAAUGACAAGUGCAACAGCGACCAAUAUAAAUCGCUCGCAUAGCUUUGUGAACGCGCUCAAGUGGUGGCCACUGCAGGGUCACAACCAUCAGUCCAAUCAUGCAGCGCAUGGUGGUGGCGGUGGUGUGGGCGCAGGUGGUGGCGGCGGCGGCGGCGGCUGUGCCAGCGCCGGGCCCAGCACUGCCAGUGGCUUGAGCCUGCUCGGCCAUCUACACAGCAAAACAGCGACUUUCGGCAGCUCGGUGGCAGUGCAAAAGCUACGCGAAUCCAAAUGGUUCAAACGUGAUGAGCAGCGCAUUUUCUGUGCCGUCGUUGAGUGUGGCUUCAUUGUGGAGGUGCGCAGCAGCAAUCAACAGACCAAACCCACCAAUAAGCGUACGAUGCGUAGCAAUAGCAGCGGCAGCGGUGGCAGUGGCGUCGAUGAGUACGAUUGUGAUGUCAAUGAGGAGGAUGAGGAUGAAGAGGAGGAGGCGACGUUGCAGUUAGCGAUGAGAGCGCAGGAUGAAAAUGAAACACCGAUGACGUCAUGGUUCGGCAUUGUCCUGUGCAAAACGGCUAAAGACAAUAAACCCAAACCUGAUACCAUUGAAAUCUACACCGUGAAAAUACGCGAGAAUGGAACAUUCAAAAUGCUGAAACUCACGCUGGAGGAUAUCUGGACGCAAGGCUGGGAACUGCGUAUUAACAAUUUCGCCGAUAAGGAGAAAUCAGCACACAACGAGAAGGACAUACGCAAUCAGGUGUCCUUUGCGCGCAAGGCCAAACACAGUCUCUGGAAUAAUAAUAAGCAUUUCGUGUAUUGGUGCCGUUAUGGCAGUCGUCAGCAGGAUGUGCGGAAACGACAGAUGUCCGAGUGCGUGAAAUGGGGCAGCGUUGGCAUGAACGCCGGCAUGAUAUUGCUUAUGAACAAACAGAAAUCCUACUCCACAUCCAAGUGAAUACACAAACACACUUGCAUUAUUAUGAUGUAAAACUUAGAAGACGGUGUAGCAGAUUUCAGCAAAUCCAGUGAGAAUUCACGAUCAAGCGAUCAAUCAAAGGAGAGAGAUAAAGAACGAAAUAUGUACUGUACUGAAGUUGAAAAAAAAACACAGAAACAAAAACAAAAACAAAAAACACAAACAAACUGUAAGACAGUGUUCAACACAGCUUAUUUAAUACAAAAUUACUUUAAAAUGUUAUUCAUCAUAGUUUAUAUACAUUGUAUUAUUAUCGUUUAAAAUGCACAGAUUGGCAUGCAAAACUUGUUCAAAACCAAAUGAAAAUCGGUGCUCAAACCACAAAAUGAAAAAAAAAAUUGGAAAAAAUUGUUAAAAAUUGUGCGCAGGCGCCAUUUAAUUUUCAAAAAUAUAUAAAAAAAAAAAUACAAAAAC